AUCCCACCGUCACCCACCACCACUAUGUCGAUGAAAAGUCUAUUUCUUCCGCAAUCGGUGAUGCGAGACAAGAGGUUAUUUCAAUUGUAUCUUCCACCUUUUGUUUCUUUUUUUUUCAUGCGAAGUUCUGAUUGAACAACCACUACCACAAUUAUCGAUUUGUCUGUGAACGUCGCCACCAUGAGCUUUUGGGAUGCUUCUUCUUUCUUCUUCAGGUUUUAUCUGAAAAGUGGCGGCGAUCAGAGUGCAACAACAAAUUCAAGAAAUCGACCAAUUCUCCAAUCACAGAAGAUGCAGUCAUCACAAUUUCUUCUCAUCCCCCAUCUUCUUCUCUCUAGCCACCGCCAGCAGCUCUCCGAACACCGCCGCCACCCUUAUCGACUUAGCUUCCGAUAUCUAAUCUCCACCGCCGACAACUCUCCGAUUAGAAAUACUAAAGAAAGGCUUAUCAAUGACAUAAGUGUACCAAAGUCGACGCCAUUGACCCGAGAUCAAGAACAAAAGUCAAAAAAGGAUGGUGAUCAACAAAAGAAGAAGAUUAAAAAAAAUGAUCAAAAGAUUGGGGGUUUCGACAUCGAGGAAGAGAAUUUCAUUGAUAAAAAUGUUGGAAGAUUCGAUUUUGGGUAACUAGAGUUAGUGGUUUGAUCUAUGAGAGGUUUUUAGAAUGGUGUGCAGUGGGUGAUUGCACCUCAUGAACUCCCUGUAUAAGCUGGCUAUGCAGUAUCUGUAUUCUUGAUCAGUCACACAGUUCUUGCUCUUUCUGAAGCAGAAAUCUUAUACUAGAUGCAACUAUGUGAAAAUUCACAUACUAUAUGGGUCGAGUACACACCAAUUCAAGAUUCUAUCAAAUCUGGUGUUAUAUCACAUAAUAUGGAGUGAGUAGGAUGAAAUAAUUUUAUUUUUAACCAAUAAAUUAAUGACAUCAAAUCCAUAUCCUUCUUAAUAAAUAAAAAUAUUUUUGCCACAUGUCCUCUUCUCAUUCAUUUGGACACAUAACAUUUUUUAGAAUUUUAGAAUUUUCUAUUUUCCACUUGUCAUUUUAUUGUAUUUUUCAUUUUAUUAAAUUAAAAUUUCACUUUUAAUAUGUAAGAUAAUAUAUAUGUAAGUUAUUUAUUAAAAAAAGUUUAUAUAUGUAUUGUAUUCAAUGUAUUAAAGCUUUAUUAAUUUUAAUAAUUAAUUUUUUUUAUUUUUCUUAUAAAUUCAAACUUCUCAAAUUGUUAAAAUUUCAUAUAUUUUUUUUAAAAUAAACCAAUAUAAUACAUGGGUCUCCCACCUAGUUGUAAAAUAUAAAUACAGGAGAAUUUGGAUCUAUUUCUGAAGAAAAAUGGCCUUCUCUUGGAGCUUAGUGAGGCUGACCCUCCAAGGGGACCUGGUAGAUGUAAUCAUGUUGCAGCUCUUAAUGAGGAUAAAUUGGUUCUUGUAUUUGGAGGAACUUCAAAGUCUUAAUCUUUGAAUGAUUUAUACUCACUUGACUUUGAAACGGUGUGUAUAAAGCUUUGUUUAUUCAUCUGAUUAUAGAAAUUUGAUUUUAUUAUUCUUGAAAAAUAUUCAUCUUUUUGUUUCGGAUGAUGUGGUUUUCAUCCAUCACCUCGAUCUGGUUGUUGUGGAGUGUUUGUUACGUGGGACUAAAUGCUACAUUGCAGGAGGUGGCAACAGAAGAAAAAAAAACGCAAAUCUUCUAAUUUAUAAUUUCUAAAUAUAAAUAAAAUCAUAAUUCAUCUCUCUUAAUAUAUUUUUAUUGUCACAUUUAAUAGGGCAUGAUGAUAUCUUGAAGCUAGAGUGGCUUGUUAUUCAUUCCCUAGUUUGUAUUUAACUUUGACUUCAAAAUAUGGCAUAAGGCAUAUAUUAUGAUCUGUAAGAUGUAUUUAGUUUUGUUUUUUAAAUAAAUUACCGGUUUUAGGUGGCUUACCAAAUCUAACGAACCAAUAAUUUAAUAAAAAAAAGUCAAAAGCUUUGAUCAUUAAAGACACAUAAUUGUUGAAGUUAGUUGAACUACAUAACCACCUUCUCACUCGGUUCAAAAUUCUUCCAUCUAUAAAUUUCUUUGUUUUCUUUGUUUUCCUUCACCCUAUCAAUACAAUCCAUCUCCAGCCACAAACCAAAACUUGAUCCUAAAUAUGGCUUUCCGAUGCUUAAUUCUGACCUUAGCUCUGGCAUUAUGUUAUGUGGUGGCACCUGUUUACACUCAAAUUAACACUCCAUGCACCCCAUCAAUGAUAACUACCUUCACUCCAUGUUUGAACUUCAUAACCAAUAGCACCACAAACGGAAGUUCUACACCAACCUCCGAUUGUUGCAAUUCUCUCAAAUCCAUCACAAGUAGUGGCACAGAUUGUCUCUGCCUAAUUGUUACAGGCAGCGUACCCUUCCAAAUUCCCAUCAACCAGACCCUUGCCAUCUCUCUGCCACGUGCAUGUCGCAUGCCCGGUGUGCCUCUUCAGUGUAAAGCUGCUGCAGCAGCUCCUAUUCCUUCUUCGGCAGGGCCAGCUCCAUCUCCAGGAAGUAGUUCUACUGUACAAGAGACGAUGACACCAACCUCAGCACCUGAAUCAAAAACAACACCAACUUUGGCACCACAAUCUGAUAUGACACCAGACUUAUCGCCACCAUCUACCGGUGUGGACACUACCAAUCAAGGGAGUCGUCCCACCGUAACACCGUCAGCUGCUGCUUCCAAUUAUGUCUAUUCACCGUUUAUUCUAGUUGGGACUGGAGUAACCUUCAUAGGGUAUUUCUUGUUCUAGAGAGAAGAUUUCUCAUGUAGUCAUCUUCAUAUGGUUUGUCAUUACAUUGUAUUUAAAAUUAUUCUUUGAGUAAUAAUUUAUAUAUUGUUUUAUCAUUUCAUUA